AUGAGUUCGGACCAGGGCGGAGAGCCGCGGCUGCUGCAGGAGGAGGCUGAUCCGGGACCGAAGACCUGUGUGGAGGACGGGACACCACUUGGGAUCGGGGGGGGGUCAGGCGGCAUGGUGAGUUGCGGCCUCUUACUAACUAGCUAAGCUAACGUCGGCUAGCCUACACACAAGUCCCAUUCCUACCACCAUGAUUUGUCGCCUGCCACAUUGCCUUUCCCAAUAGGGUCAUCAUGCCUCAGUCAUAGGCUCUUGAGGCCGAUAUUACCUACAUUUGCCAUGAUUUCAGCUAACUACCAAUCCGAUUCACAUCGAGAACUUGGUUGAGGUUAUUUAUAGUUCACGUUAGCUAGUUAUGUUGCCAUAUGUUUGGAUGAACGAUUUAUUUGCUGUGUCGUUCAAUACACCACACGGUUGGUUUGCAAGGGUAAAUCAAUGGAAAAUAUUGUUCGUAACGUUAUCUUAAUUCCUUUGCAAACAGAGUAAUCAUGAUGAGUAACUAGUUAGCCAGCUAACGUUAGCUUGCUAACCAAGCAUUAUCUGAAGCUUAGUUCAACCAACUACUUUGGCAGCCAUUUAAUUUGCUAACCUAGCUAGCAGUAACAGCCUAGCUAGCUAAUUUGGGAGUUUGCCUAGUAAUCAUUAUGUAGUGACAAAACGGUAAUGCUAUUUAGUGGACUAUGGAUUGGAGAAGGCGGGCAGGCGCACCGUUGUCAAACUAUGCAGCUAAACCAGCAAGCAAAUAGGCCGAAUCAACGCUAACGUUACCUAGGUAGCCUAAUCUCGCCAGACUCUAGCUAGCUAACAUGCGUUGCAAAUACCCGGCCUAUGCAGCACAGUCGGUGUCAGCUGACUAUAUAGAAGCUGGGGCUAACGAGAUACAACCAGGCAGCAGCAAGCUAGCACUGCAAAUAUGUUUCUCCAGAUUAAUUCGAGUUGCUUUGCUAGACAUAGGGACUGCUGUCAGAUUUAUUGUGCACCAUGUAAUGUGUGCUCCUUAACAUAUCAAAUUAUUUUGAAACCACAAUGUAUACUGAGAUGUGACAGCUGCUCUUGCCAGGAGUAACAGUUAGACUAGUAUGAGAAGGGUGGAUCAUUUUGUAGCAGGUGGUGACUAGGAACGACCCCCAGUGGUAUGUGGCAGGUUUUAGUAUUUUUUUCCUAAAACAAGCUCUGUGGACUCAAAGGUGAAACAAGAUGACACCCCUACGACCCAUAUCAAAUGCUUCAUGCGUGAAUAUAUGUAUGCAGCAUGAGAUGUAUCACAAUAUGAAAGUACGUGGCUGUCAUGUCCAUUCAUUAGCUAAGUGUUUACUGAUUAUGCUGUAGUUUACGUCAAGCUAUGGGCCAUAGUAUAUUUCGGUUUUCACAGUAUUGUUUUUAUUUGUGUCAUUGUUGCAGUAAUGACACAUGUAGCUGACAUACGAAGUUUGACAUGUUGUGUGUCCGUCAAAGCCAGUCAACGUAACUGACAGCUCUGGUGCGGCAUGUAGCCUAGCGUUUAAGAGUGUUGGGCCAGUAACCGAAAGGUCGCUGGUUCGAGAUCUCCGAGCCGACAAGAUGAAAAAUCUGUCGGUGUGCCCUUGAGCAAGGCACUUAACCAUAAUUGCUUAUGUUAGUCGCUCUGGAUAAGCGCGUCUGCUAAAUGACUAAAAUGUAGAGAUAACUACACCUUUUUGGAUUAGUGCCAAGCCUCUGUAAAGCCCACCCAUACCCCUUUUAAAAAAUGGUGUCAUGUAACUGGGGAUCCGCCCAAGACCAGACGAGAUGCUCUUGUGAAGAAUACUAAUUUCCGAAUUCCUAUUAGAUUUUAGAACAUGGGGGGCGAGAGAGGGAGAAAGUGGCACGUGCCUCAAGUAUCCUCAGGAAUGGUUAAGGGCUCAGUAGCAGGGGUAGCAACAGAAUAUCAUUAUAGUUAAUGCUUGGGUUUGAGAUUGACAGUGCUGCCUGCCAACAGCGAUUCUGGGUUUGGUUUGGCGGUAAGCGUACGGAAGAGAGCGCGCUCUCUGCAGAGACAUGUCAUGUGGGUCCAUCUGCCAAGGAUUUAGGCGGAGUUCAAUGAGAGAACCGCAUGUUGAUUUUUUUAAAAACAAUCGACAUUACGGGUAGUUUUUUUUUAAACUACUACGCAAUAGAAGAGCUUUGGCGUCUUAAACUUGUAUCCACAAUAAAGUACAACAAACAUUUAUUCUCGAGGUAAGCAUCUUUAUUUGAUACAACGUAGCCAACACAACAUGCUCGCUAGUUGCACACGACUAAGUUAAUACUGGAUGGGGACAGCGGACCAUGCUUGCUUUGGCGUUCUUGAUCAUAGUAGUUUAUCGAUCAGUGGUUGUACUGAAAAUUAAAUGUAUAACUCGACCACGAAUUCAAUUUGGUUUCCAAUGGCUUAGUUACCUACUUGUUUAUGAAUCUUUCUGUUUUCGGUUUCGUGUUUGUGUGGAUGUUGUGCUCAUGUAUACGUCACGAAAACAAGUGUUACACUUUCUUGAGGGGUUUGAUACAUUUGUAUCAAGAAUUAUAUACUUUGUUACAUUUCUAUCAAGAUUGAUGUUCUGUAUUUUUUGUUAAAUAUUUGUCCCGAAUAAAUGUUACAUUUCUAUUAGAUUUACAUUAGGGGAUUAUUCACAUGUAAUUACAAUGCAUGUUCACUUUACAUGGUACUUACUUACAACUAACUGUUAAACAUGUCGCUGCAUGAACACGUAAAAACUGCUGCAUUGGACAUUUAUCUCAAUAUCAAAUCAUUUCUGUACCUUACUGUGAUUGUUUUAAAUUAAAAUGGUCAAAAGGAAACAAAUAGCUUCUUAGCAAAGAGUAAUUAUUCCAGCAAUAAUUUAGCUAGGACAGAGUGUGGAGGGGAAACUGAAAACUAGAUGGUAUUGACAGAGGUUUGGAACUCUCUUAUUGGUCUAUUAACUAAUUUACAACAGGCCAAAAUUCCUUCCCACCACAACAGGCUCACAUUUCAGGCUGCCUUUUCAAACAUAUCUUACACUAAAAGGGCAUUAUCAUAAUUUUCAGUGUGGAGAGAUCUAUCUUUAUCUAUUCUUAUCUCUAUAUAUCUAUCCAUCUUUAUCUAUUCCUAUCUAUCCUUAUCUAUUCCUAUCUAUAAUCAAGUGUUUGACUGCACUGGGCCUUUAAAGAUUCGAAAAUAAACUGGGGGGAAAACGUGGAGCCUCUGCCCCAGGACUGAGUUUGGGAAACCCUGAUCUAAAACAAGUCUACGUACAGUGAGAAGCGCAGAUUUUGUUUUGUUUUUAGGAUCAAUCAAAAUGCAAAUGUUAUGCUGAGUGUAAUUCCCUUGUUUUAGGAUGUGCACGAAAAUUGCACUGUAUUUGACAUGGCAACAUUUUUAGUGACCUAUUUGCAAAUUAUUUACAAACAUGCAUAGAGCAUAUCAGCCUAUAGACUGACAAUACAGCAGGACGCAUAACUGCAACGCAUUUCGACUUGAUGAGUGUUCCUCAGGCAGCAUGGGAAAGGGAGACAAUGGAAGUAUGUCAGGGUUGGGAUUAAUUCCAUUUCGAUUCAAUCUGUUUAGAAAGUAAACUGAAGUUGCAUAAAUUCCAAAUGUAAUUGUUUUUCAACCCUGAAGUGUAUGAUAAUGUGCAUUUCCUCUCCCCCUGUUCCAAGGUCACCUCCAAGGGCGCCGGUCUGAACCCCAAUGCCAAGGUGUGGCAGGAGGUGGCUGUGGCCCCCGCUGAGGUCCCUGCUGACGGCGCACAGUGGCCCCCAGCUGACAUCACUGAGGCUGACAUCACUGAGGGUGAGAAACGACACUUAACACCAUAUAAUUAUGUAUGCAAUUUAGCAGACUCUUGUUGCCAAUACACCUUGCAGUAAAGUGAGUGCAUACAAUUUUUUAAAAUUAUAUUUGGCUUGUGGGUAUCGAACCCACAAUCCUGGCAUUGCUGGCACCCUACCUAGCGCCAUACAUAAUAAUCAGAGACAUAGUCAGUAAUUGGCUAUGCAUAACACAUUUCCAGAUGCUGAAAGCGCUUUUACAUUGUAAGGAAAGCUCAUCUUAUCCACCUUAUCAAUUCAAUAACCCUUAUUCGUUUCUGAUGGGCUAAAAUUGCUGACAACAGAAGGAACAUACCACUACCUAUGCUGUACCAUACAUGACAUCCAUGCCACAUGUACUGAAAUCUGUAGGCAUAUUGUUAUUGCGAACUCUCUCUCUCUCUCUUUAUAAAACACGGGGCCAAGAGGGUGCAGUGUCACAGCAGCAACAGACAUAUUGCAGUCAAAAUAUCCACAUUAGCUAAUGAAAAUUCUAUAUCUUACAAUUUAUCACACAAUUAUCAUAUAAAGUUAUGAAUUUAACAAUACACGUCGACCCUUAUUGCACUCUCUUUACAUCCUAGUGCAGACAUUUCGGCGGUUAGAAUCUCAUAUGGGCUACUAUAUGUUCUUACAAUUAUCACACUAUUAUCCUAUUAACUGAAGAAUCGAACAAUGAAUGUCCAACCUGAUGUACCCUCUCUCCCAUCCAGGUUAUUCCGAGUCUGUGUCCUCCCCUGGUUGUAAGCCGUACAGUGUAGGGUUCACUAUCCUGGAGGAUAGCAGCUCCUCGGCAGCAUCCACAGCUGAGAUCACUGUGAAUGGCAUGGAUCCCCCAGACCUGAGCUUCACCCCCGCUGAGACCACCACCGGCACCUCAGGUAUGCAGCAUGAUGAACUAAACUACACUACCCAUAAUGUACCAUAUAUAAUAAAGAUGGUUAAGAUUAGUCGAUCAUAGCCACAAGGCUGCAUGUUUCUCACGACAAAUUAUAACACUUUUACAAAUGCAGACUUCUUUCCGGAUAUCUUUUCGGACCUCAUGGAGUUUUCGGACCCUUACAUACUAAUGAAACGCAUGUUGGUUUGCAGGGGAGACCAAGCUGACAGAGGAAAGGCCCCUCUCAUCAGAGAAUCUGAGAGAGUCCCUCAAGAAAGAGCUGGAGUUCUGCUUCUCUAGGUGAGUACACAUGUUCUAGAUUAGGCGUUCUACAUCUAGGUGAGUGUAGUUGUUCCUAUGUUUGAAACGGGGAGAUACUACCUGAACUUGUCCAAUAAAAACACACAAGUUCGUUUUGUAGUUGCAAAACAUUUUGCUACAGUAUGACCAUAGUCUGAUGGGCUUUGGCUAUGUGAUUAUAUAUGAAGUGAAUUCCUUAGGAUAAAUGUAAAUGUUUGAUAGCCAUGUAUGUUUUAUGAUGAUUACCUUUGACCCUCAUUUUUUUGUCUAGGGAGAACCUGUCCAAGGACCUGUACCUGAUGUCCCAGAUGGACAGUGACCAGUUUGUCCCCAUAUGGACCAUCGCUAGCAUGGAGAGCAUCAAGGCCCUCACUACUGACAUGGAGCUCAUCCUAGACAUACUCCGAUGUAAGGAACUAUACCUUGGUUUUAUUUGUUGUUUUUGCUGCUUUUGUGGAACCACGUACCCUGGUCCCAAAUCUGUUUUUGUUUUCUUGCCAACUCCUGUGGUCAUUGUGGGAUGUUAUAAAGAGUUAUGUGACCAGUCUAUGAACAAGUGGGCUUGUGAUUGAAUGGUAUUGAUUAUUAUUUAAUUUUUUUACGUAACGCACCAAGGGAAAUACUUUUUAAUACAAUUUAGGAGAAGUGUGGACUACUCCUAGAACCAUACAAUGAUAGUUACUGUAUGUAGAUAGAUAGUGAUGUAAUUUGUGACCCUGAGCCUGAUUUCUGUUCUUAUUCUCAGCCUCUCCAAUGGUACAAGUGGAUGAGAAAGGAGAGAAAGUGCGUCCUAAUCACAAACGUUGCAUCAUCAUCCUGAGGGAGGUUCCUGAGACAACACCUGUAGAGGUCAGACCACCAUGUUAGUCAUGUUAUAACCAAUAUACAACCAUGUUACAACAACGUUUGCAGCCGGUGUUAUUAUUGUAAAUGACAAGGUGAAUUGCUAGUAGUAUGCCUCCAGUCACAAUGCUGGCAAGUUUGCUGUAUUUGCUCAUCAACUCACAUACUCUAUUUUGUGUUCCCCUCAGGAAGUAGAGUCUCUCUUUAAAAAUGACAACUGUCCAAAAGUGAUUAGUGUGGAGUUUGCGCACAACAACAACUGGUACAUCACAUUCCAAUCUGACACUGACGCUCAACAGGUACGCUGGAUCUGAUUGGCUUAUAAAGUAGUAUUCAGGCUUCUAAUUGGUGUAAUGGGCGUUAAGCGGUUAUCAAUCCCAAUUUUGUUGAAUAAACGUAUGGAAUUUCUGCCUGUCUGGUGUCUUUCUUUCCUUUCAGGCACAUAGAUAUCUAAGAGAAGAGGUGAAAACAUUUCAGGGAAAACCGAUCAUGGUGAGUUACAUUAUAACACUAUCAAUCACUUGUAAUUUAAGACUGUAAUUUCCCUCAACUAGCACUUCCCUUUUAUUCAUCUCUCUUCCCUUGCAAUCAUAUUGUGAAACCAAAGACAAAAUUCCACAUUUUGUUUCAUUUCACAAGUUUUUCUAUAACUUCUAGGCGAGGAUUAAAGCCAUCAACACGUUCUUUGCUAAGAAUGGCUACCGUAGCAUGGACAGCAGCAUGUACGUAGCCCAGCAGUCUGCCCAGACCCAGUCCCAGUACAACCCCAACCUGUACAUGCAGCACGUGUACAGCCCUCAGCAGCAGUACCCUCUCUACGGCAUCGUACCACAGACCUGGACACCCUCUCCUACACCCUACUUCGAGACUCCUCUGGUGAGCGUCAACACUCAGACUUGAUCUUUUUUAAAUGGUGUUAACUGUGUUAUAAACGUAUAAUAUUCAAAUUAUUUGGUAAGAUUCUGCACACUAUCAACUUUAUCCUAGUAAAUUGGGGUAACUGUCAUUUCGUUUUAUUAGGUUAGUCUCAUUGAGAAAAUCUCUUACGUAAGAGAUGUCAUCUUCCUAUUAAUUAAAUUGACAAAUAGAAAAUAUUAUUGUUAUUGCUUAUUCAACAUUGAUCUGUUUUAAAUGUGACUUGAAAGGUGGGAUCUUGUGUAUUGACUAACUCUCCUGCACUACACUGCGGCUGGUUGUGUGUGUCUCGUGGUUGGGCUGAUCAGACAAAAAGGAACAAUUCAGUUCUCUAAGAAUAUAGACAAAUAAUUCUUCCUCCUUUUCCCACAUCUCCAGGCACCGUUUCCCAACAGUGGCUUUGUGAAUGGAUUCAGUUCUACUGGACACUACAAAACUGGCAACAACUCCCUUAAUAUGACUCGGCCCUUUAACAGAAACCGGUACGUUGAAAGUUGAUUUUGUAUUCUCUCUGAAGUGCCAUGAGUGGUAAGUUGUCUUUCUGUGGGUGAAAAUGCUUCGAACCCGUACAUGCCAGUUUGUGGUUAAUCCAUAGUAACAUUGGUGAAAAUACUUUGUGGCAUAAUUUUUUUCUUCAUAGAGUAAGGCUACAGCUGAAAAUUAUGGAUUGAUCCAGUGUUUUUUUUUCAAUUUGAGAUGAUUAUCCAUCCAAAAAUGCACAAUAGUUCCGCCUUUUUACUUAUGCAGCUCGUCGGAAAAUGGUUUACUUGGAUUGAACCUUUGACUGAUGACAAACAGGCAAUUGAUAAAUGCAUAUAAGAUUUAUUCCAUGUUCAUGCGUCUCUGUGGCCGUAGCCUAAUGGCAUAUAUCCUUAAAUAAAACCACAGAUUUUUCAUUUCCAUUAUUAAUAGUGAAUGGGUCUUAUUGAAUGAACCAGUCCAAGGUAAGGUUUUGAAUUCACCACCUGUUCUCUUACUGUCUGUCCCCACAGUGUACCUCUCUAUUCAAGAAAGAAUGUAAUAAAUGCCUUCAGGUACAGCCAUUAUACUGUAUAUAAUCCGCUUCAUUGCUUCCCCGUCUCUUGUCAUACCACAGACAGCUUUGUCAGUUCAUAACUGUUCAUGGCUGUUUAACAGUUCAGCAUUAUCCCAUCUCUUACAUUAUCUACAGCCAAAUGACUAAAUCUAUAACUGGUCUUAGCUCUGACAGCCAGCUCAUAACAGUUCAGUUCAUACCUUAACAUUGACAGUAAAGGUUAUGUUCUCAGGUAAUGGACAUAUAGGAUUGAAGUCAUUUGACAGCUUAUGUUUAGAAGCGUUAAUAACAGUUGUAUAAGCUGUUAUCUGAGCUAUAGCAUAACUAUGGCUUGGCUCAUAUCCACAGUGAUCUAGCUAGCUCUCUGUUUUGUCAUUUAACCGUUCCUCUCAUCCUGACUAACCAUCCAUUUGUUUCUUUUCAUCAUUUAUCUCUUAGAGAAGCUUCAUUAGAAAUGUUUCAUUAGUACAGCUGUACUUUGGUAAUGUAGUCAUGCUACCAAAUAAAUGUCCUUUACUAAGAGGUGAGGGAAAUUCCUGUGACCUAAUCUGCUUCAUAUGAUGACUGUAUAAAUAAGAUGGCUAGCCACUGUAACUAGUGGAAUGGAGAUUUGGUCAGCCAAAAUGAUUGACUGGUAACUUUUCCUUUGCAAACUGCCAUUUCAACCUGAGUAAGAAAUAACCUUAUUUGAGCUGGCGAAUUGGUACAGAUACUCACUUUAACUUUGCAAGAUAUUUUUUAAAUUAAGAAAUGUAUCCAACACUUUUUAACAAAUACAUGUAUUUCUAAAGCUCCGUAAUGGACACGCAUAAUGAGCGGCUUAUUCUAUUGUACUCUUAUGUCAUGUAAAACCCGAACACUGGUUGGACCUGAUGAUGACACAUUGAUGUGCAAUGAGGGAAUACAGGCUUUGGAGGGAAUGGGGUCUCUGUUUCUCCUCCUGUGCUCACCCCUAACCUUUCCUUUCCUCUCCCUCCAAAACCCUGAAUCUCCACACCUGUCCCGACAAGUGAAAAGAUUGCGAUCUGAAGGUCUUUAAGCGUGGGCUUGAAAAAACGAAUACUUGAAUUGAAGGGGAGGGGGGCAGAUGGGUGUUGUAAUACUCCUGCAAAGUUAAUUUGAGCCAACAUUCAUCUUUUAGUUUUCUUUGCACACCUGUUGCAUGUUGGUGUAUUUAUCAUCAGAUGUAGGCCUAGAUGCUGCAUGCUAUUAUUUGAAUGGCCACCAUAUAUUCACGUGCCAAGAUUAGCCUCUGUAACCCUGGGUCGUAUUUAUUAGGGCACACCGUAGCAAAAUGUUUUUUUGCAACAGAAAAUUAACAAGUGCAGGUAGCCUUCCUCGUUUGAGUCAGUUUUCUUCUGAUUAGUCCCUAAUGAAUACGACCUAGAUGCAUCUAAACCAAGUCAGACCCGUUAUCCUUUCUUCCAUCUCCUUCGUCCUCCAGGAACCACGUGAAGCCCCAGGUGGGGAGACCAGGCGGAGUGGCCCCUACAUCUGUGGCCCCUGUCUCCCUGGAGAGCUUGACCGGCCUGAGGAGCUCCCAGCCCCCCACCACUGUUCCUGGACCCCUGCAGACCCAGACACCUCCAGACUUGACCUCAGCCUUCCCCCACCUCUCCACCACCUCGGACCUCAACGAUGACGGAAGCAUGGCUGGACGCGGAAGGUGAGCCUGACACUGAAGAACGUGUUUUUUGUUAGUUUUUUUUAUUCAUAAAAAAAGAUCUCUCGACCAGGUAUUAUGACAUAACACACAGUGAGGUCGUCAGGGAGGUAUUAUCCCCCUAAUGGAACAAUGACAUUCUGUUUUUGAAGGGGUGAAUUCGUUUGGGUCAUCUCAGACCUAGUGAUGACAACUUGAUGCGCAGGAGGGAAAGCAGGCUGUGGGGUGUGACUGGCUUUGGGUCUCUUCUCUCCUCCUCUCCUCUACCUACGCUCCCCCUUUCCCCUAAGCUAUGAUCCUCCACACCUGUCCCGAUGAGCGCUAAGAUUAUGAGAUCUGAAGGUCUGAUAUGGAGAAUGUUAGUCAGUUAACAGAACACUUGUGUACUAAUUUCUGCACCACCUCUAAAAACCUCUCUUCUGUCCUUGAUUACAGAAGGACUACAUACAGAGGCACACGAAGGAGGAGAGAGGAAGAGCGGAUUACGGUAACGUUGCAAGUCGAACGACAGUUACUGUGGCAUUAGUUGGCUUUUGCAUAAUAGAUUUAAUCUGGACCAAACCGGUUAUGAAUUCUGUCUCUGCUUGUUUUCCGGGGCAUGUCUUUUUGUUUUUAAGCUUAGUUUGUCUGUUACUUUAUGUAAAUUUUGAGUUUGUAUGGUACAAAAUGUAAAUGUUCUUAUCUCGUUGUUUGCCCCCUCCAGAGGCCCAUACCCCUGGCUGAGGUAAAGGUGCCGCCCCCUAAGUUUGACCUGGCUGCUACCAACUUCCCCCCGCUGCCGGGCUGUGUGGGCAGUACGCAGGGAGAGCCCCUACUGGAGAACAGGAUGUCAGACGUGGUGAGAGGACUGAACAGAGACAAGGUAAAGAGGGGAUCCCUAUGGUUAACACCUUGCUACCACACUCCUAUCACUUUAUUUUGAGCAGAAUCCUAACUUGAGAUGCAUACGCUCAACUCAGACUUUUGCAUAAGUCACAUAUUUGUGCAAAAACUGGAGUUCCACAUGCCGAUCUCAAGUUAGUUUGGGCCUCUAUCGUAUUUGUUUUGUUUUUUAGCUCGUUCAUAUGCUGACUUCAGUCUACCCUUCCUCUCUUUACAGAUGACGGAACAAGCAAACAAGGAAUCCAUCAAGGAAGUGGGUGCCGGCCCAGUCCCAACCCCAGCCCCAGUACAUGAGGAGGCAGAGUCUGUCUCUAGUCCUGCUCAACCUGCAGCCAAACCUGCUGCACACCCCCACGGACCACCCAUCCAUGCACCUGCCCCCAGGUAAGGGAAAAUAGGCUAAAGUCUGCACGUUCUUUUUCAGAGGGUUAGAGUUGUCCUGUAAUAUCACUCUUUCUUUGUGUAUAGACUUCUUUUAAGUCUGUUUGACAUUUUAGUCAUUUAGCAGAAGCUCUUAUCCAGAGCGACUUACAGUAGUGAGUGCAUACGUUUUUUACUGUUAGCUGGUAAUUCUCCUCAUAGCAUUUUCAUUUCAAGAUUGAUGUUUGUUAACUGGCUAGCCUCAAGUCAAUGAUGAGUUGUUAAGCUAAUGUCACAGAUGAAUUCUAGAGACUGUAGAUGGCCUUGUUAAUAUGUGAUCUGCCAAUAAAGUUGUAUUGAAUUGACUAGAAUUGUAAUAAAUAGAGCUCAAAGAAGGUACCGAUGGUCUGCCUCAGUCAUAAUGACAUUAAAACUCACUUUGGGUCGAAUGGUGUUUUUCCUUUCUUUCUUUCCUGCUUUUUUCUUCUGUAGUGUAUCCCAUCAGGAGGAGAAGGUGGAGAGGGUAGCAGAUCCCCCAGCCCCCAAAGUGACCCCACCCACACCCGCUCCCUGUGCGGCCAACCCAUCCGGACCUCCCUCCACACAGCCAGCUAUGCCUGGCCCCAAGCCUCAACCAAGCACAGUGCCCUCCACACCAGCUACACUGAGCACCCCAGCCACUACCGCUACCCCUGCAUCAGUGGUAAGGCACCAAAGAUAAUACUCUACCUCAAAUCUAGCCAGUUAGAGAUGAUGGCUUCGUUUUACAUUGGGAUUGCUUCUUCAUCUUAUGAAACUGAGUUGGUUUCCAUUCUCUACCCUAACCCUUAGACAUGCAUCUUUUGUCAUCUGUUACUCUUAACUCAUUGUUCCUUUUUUCUGUCUCUUGUUCAGGAGCCCCGUAAACUCAGCUAUGCCGAGGUGUGCCAGCGAGCCCCCCCCCCAGGCCCCCCUUCCACGCCAGCCCAGCCUCUGCGUGAGCUGCGCGUCAACAAGGCAGAGGAGCCAGGCUCCAGCUCCACCACCACAAUCCCAGGCGACCACCCCAGGGGAGACCGGCAGGAGAAGGAUAGGGACGGUGGCUGGGAGUGCAAGGAGACCCGGCCCCGUGAUCGGGACCGGGACUCCCGGGAUGGAGGCUACUACCGCAGCAACGGGCCCUCCAGACAGGGAGGCUACGGGGGCCUCAAGUUCCGUGAACAGAGACGGGGCCCCCAACCGGCCUGCCGCAGCUCCCCUCAUGGAGGCCCCCGACACACUGGCAAAGAGCAGAACAUCCCCCCGGUAUCGCCAAAGUAA